ACGAGGCUAAUGUGUUACACAACACGAGUUGCUCAAUAAAUCGAUCAUAGGCGGAAGAUACGCAAUAUAUAAAGCCGAGAUAGACCACUGCGCAUUCAAUAAAGUUUUCGUAGUCGCGCGAUCACGAACGAGAUAGGUAACGACACUAUGGCCAACGAAGACGUAUCCAUGGAUAUUCUACGUGAGCCGACCACCGAUGCAAUGCAAAGAACAAUACAAAAAAACAAUGACGAUCCGAUGUCCGACGUUCUGCAGAGGAUAGAGGCACCUUUGUUGUCGAACGACGAAUUCUUGCACAGCACGAACAAAAGGGAAUCCAGCAAAAAAGAUGGAUUGCCGGAUAAGGAGUUUCUCGCGAGAAACUCCUUGUUCACAGAUCUCUUCAAGAUCCCGCAUUUUCACACAUUUUACAAUAUCUACUUGACGAUCUUCAUAUUCCUGCUUUCCAGCUCGGUCGUGUGCGACAUUAUAGAAUAUGGAACGAUUCACCAUGGUAUCCAUGCAUUACGAGUUGGUUUUGUAAAUUUUCCAACAUGCAUCUACAUUUGGUUGUCCAUGCAAACAUCGACACUCUGUGUCUACGUGGCCUUCACCCUCUGGGCGAAUCAGCGACUCCGAUUCUUACCAGAAUCCUGUAUCCAGAAAUUUUGGGAUUAUGGAUGGCUAUCAGUAUUCAUAUUGUACCAAGUUCUAUUCUUCAUUAUUCCUGUCACAAUGAUAAUCAACACAAAUCUUUCCAUAGGUUGCAGUUUUGUUAUUAUGUUAGAGCAGAUACGCAUGGUGAUGAAGAGUUGGGCUUUUGUCAGGAGCGCCGCACCGAGGUAUUUAUCGUAUGAAUCCCACAGCGAAACUUCACGACCGAGCGGCCCCAAAUUCUCACAAUAUUUGUAUUUUCUAUUCGCACCGACUCUUCUGUACCGCGACGAAUAUCCUAGGGCGACAGAAAUCAGGUGGAUGGUGGUGUUUUGGAAUUUCUUUGAAUUCGGCCUAUCGAUUUUCCAUGAGGCCUUGAUCUUUGACCGUGUCGUAGUACCGAUCUAUCAUGUGUUCGGCACGCAAUACCUAGAACCGAAGUGGUUUAUCAAAAUUGCACUCGAGUCUUGUAUUUUCACCUUUCCCCUUGUCUUUGUCCUCCAAUACUUAUUCUUCCAAGCGUGGAUGAAUGCUUGGGCAGAAAUGCUGCGGUUCGCAGACCGAUUGUUUUACAAGGACUGGUGGAACGCCAAGACUAUUAACGAGUUUUUCCGCAAAUGGAACUUAAUAGUGCACAUCUGGCUAUACACGUAUAUCUACAAGGAGGUGUACAAGUUCGGGGCAUCACAGAACCGAACGUUGGCUGCUACAGCCGUAUUCUUUAUUUCAGCCAUCGUUCAUGAGUACGUCUUGGCGUUCACAAUGGGUUUUUUCUAUCCAGUGACAUUCAUCUUACUCUUCGGAAUUGUCGUACCGCUUUUCCUCAUCUCCAAGAGCAAAGUUGUUACCAGCAACUUCUUCAUGUGGAUAUUUUGCAACAUCGACAUCAUGAUUAUGUUCAACUUAUACUCGAUGGAGCUCAACGCCCGGUGGAACAACUGUCCACCUCAUCCUAAUUACUACCUAGAUCUGCUCAUACCGCGAAGCUGGAGCUGUCAAGAGCAGUUUAAUCCGUUGUUCAAGUCGACUGUGAAAUCUUGUAACGAGACGAUGGAUUUUUCUCUUACAAAUUAUUGACUGUUAGAUAGGAGUUUACAUAAGUUUAGCGUUAAACUAAAUAGAGUAAAGAACACUUCGACGCGAUAAAAU